UUAGGUUUGUUUCUUGACCUAGCUUUCCUUCAUGAAUAAUGUACUAUUAAUUUGAUGUGUGUCUUAUCUAGAAUUAUAGUUAUAUGUAUAAUGUAUGUAGAUUGGUGCAUGUUUUGAGAGUUGUAUGUGAAAUUCAUGUGGUUAAGUUAUAGUUAUUUGGAUAUGGUGAAGCCUUGUUAUUGGAGACUCGGAGGGGUACAAAAUGGGAAAACGAACGGGCCGUUGUGGUACAAAGAUUUGGGGUCUCAUGUAAGCGGAGAGUUUUCAAUGGCGGUUGUUCAAGCAAAUAGUUUGUUGGAGGAUCAAAGCCAAGUUGAGUCGGGGCCAUUGAAUUCGUUAGGGCUUCAUGGAACGUUUAUUGGGGUCUACGAUGGACAUGGUGGACCGGAAACAUCAUGCUUUGUGAACGAAAGAUUGUUCUCCAAUCUAAAGAAGUUUGCAUCCAAAGAUGAAGAAAUGUCAGCAGAUGCAAUAAGGAAGUCUUUCUUGGCGACCGAGGAGGAAUUUAUAUCUCAUGUUAGAGAUCAAUGGAGUACGUGCCCACAAAUUGCAUCAGUUGGCACGUGUUGCUUGGUAGGAGUUAUUUGUAACGGGUUAAUCUACAUUGCAAACGCGGGUGAUUCACGUGUUGUUUUGGGGAGGGGAGAAAGAAAUGGUAGAGGAGUCUCAGCAAUUCAAUUAUCUGAAGAACACAACGUAAACCACGAGCCCAUACGAGAUGAGCUUCGUUUGUUACAUCCUGACGACCCAAAGAUCGUCAGUAUGAAACAUAACGUCUGGCGUGUUAAAGGGCUUAUUCAAGUUUCCAAAACGAUAGGUGAUGCUUACCUGAAGAAUCCCGAGUUCAAUAGGGAACCACUUUUGCCAAAGUUUAGGCUCCCAAAACCAUUUUCAAAGCAAAUCCUUAGCCCCGAGCCUUCGAUCUCCAUACAUGAAGUUAACCCAAGGGACGAGUUUCUCAUAUUUGCAUCGGAUGGUUUAUGGGAACAUCUUAGCAACCAAGAAGCCGUUGACAUUGUUCAUAAUAACUCCCGUAGUGGAAUUGCGAGGAGACUAGUGAAGGCGGCACUUCAUGUAGCAGCAAGGAAACGAGAAAUGAGAUACUCGGACUUGAAGAAAAUCGAAAGAGGUGUUAGGAGACAUUUCCAUGACGACAUUACAGUUGUAGUCGUUUUUCUCGACGACCCUUCUAACUUGAGAAGCAUAAAUUCCAGUUUCUCGAUAAAAGGAGGCGUAGGGCUAGCCACACGACGUACCUAGCUAGCUAACAAAUACUCGAUCGUACUACUGUAUUUAGUCAUCGGUAUGCUGAUCAAACAUGACUGAAUUGAAGGUUAUGUAAAUCCGAAGAGACCAUACACCCAAGAGUUAUUGUGCUCUAUAUAUAAGUGUGUUUAAUUAGUAUGGAAUUUGACCCCAUUUAAUUUCAGUUUAAUUUGUUGACAAAUUUAUGUAAGUUUCUGAAUGCCUUUCCUUUUA